GGUACCGUCCACUAUAAUAAAACGGGUAUACAUCAUGUAUAGGAUCUAUAUACUAGUGAAUAUACAUGGUGCACGCUACAAUUCCUGGUGGGUGAUGAAAUUGCACUGGCGUGGUAAUGAAUGAAUGAAUUUAGGACAGCCUUACCACGAAAUUAAUUUUUCUUAAAUUUUAAAAUGUCUCAUCCUAUAAAAUUAUAUGUUAUGAAAGAAAGUGGACCAUGCAGAGCUAUAUGGAUGACUGCAAAUGCUUUAAAUAUACCUAUUGAGAUUAUUGGUAUUGAUUUAUUUAAAGGAGAAAAUAAAACACCUGAAUUUUUGAAGAUGAAUCCAUUCCAUACUGUGCCUACAAUUGAUGAUAAUGGAUUUAUUAUUUGGGAAAGUCGUGCAAUUAUGAAAUAUUUUGCUAAUAAAUAUGGUGGUGAAACCCCUUUAUAUCCAAAAGAUGCUAAAAAACGAGCUUUAGUUGAUAGCAGAUUAGAUUUUGAUAUAGGGAAAUUUUACCCAGCUCUGAAAGAAUACGCGUACCCUCAAGUAUUUCAAAAUAAACCAUCAAAUCCUGAAAGAGAAAAAGAUAUGCAAGAUGCUUUAGAUAAUUUAGAAUACUUAUUAAAUCACAGCAAAUAUAUUGCAGGAGAUCAAAUGACACUAGCUGACAUUUCAAUGUUUUGUACUGUUUCAUUUUUAUGGAUGCUAAAAUAUGAUUUUGUAGAAUAUCCAAAAAUUCAUGCAUGGAUGGAAGAAAUGAAAAAAUUGCCAUAUUAUAAAGAAACAAAUCAAGCUUUUAAUGAUCGGAUGCAUAAGACUUUCAAUAAAGGGCAAUGAUAAUUUUGAAUUAAUAAAUUUAUUGCUUAUAUAUAUUUAUUUAAACAAACAACACUGCUUUAUUUUUCAUAACAAUAUUUUUUUAA